AUGCCGCCCCAGGCCGCCCUCGUCAACCUCUCGCCCGCCGAGCUGUCGUUCCUGCGCUCCGCCCUCACCCAGUCCCCGCCCCUGCGCCUCGACGCCACAAAGGGCCCGCGCGACUUCCGCUCCAUGCGCGCCGAGUACGACGUCCUGCCCACGGCCAACGGCAGCGCCCGCAUCGCCCUCGAAGACGGCACCGAGGCCCUGGUCGGCGUCAAGGCCGAGGUCGAGCGCACCCCGCACCCGCCGCUCCUGCGCGAGCAGCACGGCCUCGACGGGAGCCAUGGCGGGCACAGCAGCGACCCCAACCCACUCGGCCAGAACGCGUGGGUAGAGGUGAGCGUCGAGCUCCCGGGCUUCCGCGACGACGACGCCCUGCCCGUCUUCCUCGCCUCCAUGCUCACCGAGAGCCUGCUCGCGAGCGGAGCGCUCAAGGACAGCCUCUACAUCAACCCCCGCUUCCACUGGAAGCUCUUCGUCGACAUCCUCCUCCUCUCCCCGCCCCUCUCCUACCCCCUCGCCCUCCUGUCCAUGACCACCCACCUCGCCCUCCUCACCGCCCACCUGCCCGCCCUCAAGUCGGACAAGGACGAAGACCCGCUCUUCGACGACGACUGGGCCGCCGCCUCGCCCCUGUACCCGCACUCGAGCACUCGCCACACGCCGCCCGUCAUCAUCCUCGCCAUCGCCGUCGGCCCCAACAUCAUCUUCGACCCCUGCAAGGAGGAGCUGGCCGUCGCCGACGCCGUGCUGGCCAUCGCCUGCACGAGCACCUCGUCCGCCGCCUCCUCCAAGAUCCUCUCCAUCCGCACAAUCGACCCCCCGAGCCACCUGACGCCACCCGCGGUCCCCAACAGCAUGAACUCGGCCACCGGCGGUGCCGCCCCAGAAUCCAGCGCCCACGCCCUCACCCUGCGCGAGCUGCUCGCUACCACCGGCGUCUGGACGCCCCCGCGCGGCGGCAUGAAGCGCGGCCUCGUCAGCCACGUCGCCAAGAUGGUCGUCGAGAAGGGCGGCGUGGCCGACGACGUUAUCGGCGCGCUGGCAGCGAUUGAGGUUGGGUGA